AUGGUUUUACUCUGCAGCUCUCUCUGUGCCGGUCCAGCUUACAACGAUGGCGGCUUCUUUCUCGUUCCCGAAAUUCAACCUUCUACAAGUUACUUGAAACCGCAAGCAGAAACAUUUGAAACAUCGUUUUUAACAACAGAAAAUAGCGAGGAAACUGAAGGUGCCUCAGGUUUUGACAAAUUAGUGCUUACUGUUAGAGAAGGCAAAAGUGUUGAUGAAGUUUCAAAAAAAGUUUCAAGUCGAUUACGCCAAAUAGCUGAUGAUUUCGAUCGGACAUAUUUUAGUUCCAAAAUGCAAGUUGAACAAACAAAUCGUGUAAAUUUAAUACAGAAAAUUGAACUACUGCUUCGAUGGAUGCUUUGGUGA